AUGCUCAAGAUCAUAACACGUAAUCAACGCUAUAAAAGCCCAUCAGUAGCAAGGACUGUAUCAUCAACCGUCAUGAACGAUCGCCCUUUCAUCAAGAGCACCUACUGCAUGUACGCAGAGAAGCCGUGGAGAACCUAUGCGAACGAAGACAGCCUUGGGAAAAUUGAGAGAUUCUCAGAGCAAGCUUUUGACACCUACCAGAAUCAGGAUACAUACGAUGAUCCUAUGCAAAUGUGUCAUCAGCUUCCUCUACCAGUCCCGAAGCAUCACAUCAUGCAGCAAACAUCUGCUUCUGGAGCUCCUAUCGAGUCGUUUUACGUGGGCGACACACCUGCAUAUAACAACAAUUAUUACAUGGGCAACGAGCCUAUUAAUAUUUCAAAGGACGAAGUCUACACUACCAGCGUCUCUGCCCAAUCAAGGAAUUUCCAGGUAGUUCCAAAGAGUUUGAAGGUAUUGCGAGGAUAA